AAUCAUCGUGGAGCAAUUUGUAGGGUGGGAUUGCUCUUAAGGCGGGCAAGGGAUGAAUACCGUAUACUGCGCUGGUAUACAAAAAGAACAGAUAGGAAGACGCUAUUUCUCUCCGUCUUAGUCUCAUAUCCGACGACAGACCGAGCAACCAGUGUUUAUUUGGCAACCAACGAACGAGUGAAGGCGAACACAGGCUCGAUCUCAUCGAUUAGUGCAUUGCAGAGGUAAUCGAUGGAGGCUGCUGGCGAUAUCAGUGCUCGCAAGGGAGUUACGGUUGGUGCUGUGUCCGCCCUUGUUUCCCAAUAUAACAAACUAUCAGUGUGUAACACCUCGGAGCAUCUCAUAAGUACUAGAAACUCUACGGGCAAGGAGGAGGACGAGGAUGCACAUCAACCGAGCUAUAAGGCUAACAAGAAGAAAAGAUAUCUGGAUGCCAAAAAACCGGCCUAUCGUUCACCAAACAAGAACAAGGCGGCCUAUCAAUUUCCCACUAUGCCACCAUGGCCAUGGCCAGUUGCUGAGGACAUGCCUGUUGAUGAAACCCCCUUUCCCGAAUGUCUCUACCUUUUGACUGAUGGUGAUGGUCGCAAGGUUGCAUUAUCUGAUGAGCCUUUUGACUUGGAAGAUUUUUAUGCUGAUCUAGAGAAGGCCGAUGCCAGGACGAAGGAGUACCUGAUCUGGAGGGAGGAGGAGAGGAAGAAGGAGAAGGAGGCUAUGUGCAGAAAGCCGCGAGGAACGAGGCUAGGAAAAAGGCGGGCUAUAAUUCGGGGUCUGGCGAAGUGACCCUACCCUGGAAGUAGGUAGGAGGAGAUUGUGUAACUUCUAUGGAUUGACACAACGACUUGUCAAGGAGGUAGUCACUUCUUUUUUUUGGUAGAGGUUUAGUAGCAUAAAUAGGUUAAUCGUUGAUAGGCUUAUAGCAAGCAUGCUUUUUAUUUAUUUAUUUUUUAGGAGAAUAUGAUGAUGGGGUGUGUCGUUCGUGUAUGUAUCUAUCGACUUAUGGUCCCAACAGAGUGCCGAUUGUUGCUUAGUAGGACCUUGUUCAUGGUUUUCUCCA